UAGGGAGAGGAGUCCCCAGUAUGAUACGCCAAGUUUAUAUUACAAAUGUCUGUCGUUUUCAACAGUGCAAUCUUGCGCGUACACAAAACCAGCUGAUUUUUUUUUUCAUGUAAAUUUCAUCACAUUUCCGUUCAUCGGUUCCCAUCAAUUACUAGUCAAGCCCAAUCUUCCGUCUUAAAUGGGAGUAUCACUUAACGGAACUCGGUUCACAUUAUUUAAAAGGACGGGAAUACACUUCAACGGUCAGUUAACCAUCCAGAGAGACAAGUGACGGAUUGAAAUUGACAACUGCUAUUGACAACACGCUAUGAAAGAUACCACAUUGGCACUGCCGCUGGUAGCGCUUACUUUUGUUAUAUGUUGGACUCAGGGACACCUCAAAUGUCUACCCUCUUCGGACUCUUCGGAAUACAGAGAGGUUCUCAUUAACCAGUUUAAAAAGAAAAUCCUCAAGAGGCUUGGGUAUUCUUCUCCGCCAAAUGUCACCGCUAUGCCAAGUGAUCAACUUAGAAAAGAUAUGGCUCACCAAUUUAUGAUGCAGCGAGGAAUACCGUCAAUUGAUUCACAACAGGAAGGUGAAAAACUCCGCACAUACAGAGCACUGAAUGGUGUCCCCUUGGACGUGAGCUCUCACUUCCCCGAUGUGACUCCCCUCCAUACGUCAACGUUUCAUAUAGGAGAACAUUCGCCUCGAGAUCACCUAGUGGAAAAAGCCUGGCUUAGCUUUUGUAAGAAGAUAUCCACUGGAAGGAGGCCUUUACAAAGUCUAACUCAAAAAGGGAGGCUUCUGAUCUACCAACUUGAACACGAGGAUGGCUCGCACAGAACCGGGCGCCAUCUUGUCGUCAGUCGUCCAGUGACGUCCCUGUCGUCUGCUUGCAUGACAAUCGAUGUCACAGAAACUCUGAGAAAGAAUUUCACAGGGGAUGUGACAUUUGUUCUGGUGUUCAUAAACGGACGGAAAUCCAGUGAGCAAGCCAAGAGUGAUCGUAAAUCACUAAUGUCCAGUAUUCGAUCUACCCUUUUAGUGAACUUAGCUGAAAGAGGUAAAGAUAUACCCCGAGAGAAAAGGGAGGUUGGAAGGACAGACUGUACAGCGAAUGAUGGCGAGAAGAGGUGUUGCCGGUACCACACUUACAUAUCCUUCAAAGAAAUAGCAUGGGAUGACUGGGUUGUCGCCCCUCCCGGAUAUGACGCCUAUUACUGCGCAGGAGAGUGCCCCCAUCGAUACAAAAUGGCGCAUACAUUCGCAGGGAUUAAGUCACUACUACAUCACAUGGACCCUACUCGUGUUCCUCCGCCGACGUGUACGGCGACGCGACUACGUCCUUUGACGUUGCUAAGCCUCGAUGAGGUUGGGAAGAUGACGUAUUCAGACCACCCUGAAAUGAUUGUGGACGAGUGCAAGUGUUCCUGACAACGGAGAGUUUCAGUUAGGACAGACAUUUGCAAUGAGCUUCUGGAUUGACUGAAUGGCGUAUGUGUCAAUGCACGUACACAGAUACUGGCAUAUACGAGCAGGGCUAAGGUUAUAUAUAAGCUCAAAAGCAAAUCUGGAUCUUUCAGUUUCAGUUGAAAAUGUCGUAAGUUAUUAUAUCCAACUAAUUAACUGUACUGACGCUUAGUCAGCACUCAAAGAAUACUUCCACAUGGUUAUAUUUUUAAAGUAUAAUUUAAAACUUUAAAAAUUUAAAAUAAAUUUGCAUGACACACAACUGCUAAUAGGUAUCUUGGACAUGUUAUCUUUGAAAAUUAAUAAAUUUGCUUUUUUCGGCAUAAAUUUUACAUUUCAAACAUGGUAGGAGUCAUGUGAUUGCAAAUUCAUUUCUUACCCCUGUCUUCUUUGAAACAAUUUAUUUUUGCACAAAAUUACCCAGCCACAGAUUACAUUUUACACACUGUUGAACAAAUGAGUGAUGGUUAAAUCCAAUUUAACAUCGGUCAAUUUUAAAAAAACAAACUCGGUGGUAUACAUUCUUUUGCCUCUCUGGUUCUAUGAACUCAAUAGAGGGCCACAACAAAUUCCUUCCUUGUUCUUCAGUUUGAAGAGCCGGGCUCGGCUCCACAAAGGAUUCUUAGCACUACGACUAUCGCAAUUCUGUGUUAGAGUAUGAAAGUUACGAUAAUCGAAGGGCUAAGAUGGCUUUGUGGAACAGGGCCCUGUGGCGAAUUAAUAAAUUAUAGUUUGAAGAAGUUUUUAUUUUCUCCGUUUGAUGUAUGUGCAUCUAGUACUGACUCAGAUUGUAUGUAAAUUAUGUGCUUUCCAUUCAUAAAUAUUUAGGGUUCUAGGGACCAUUGAUCUCUGUUUUUAUUAACAUUGAAAGAUUUGUUUCAACCACUUUCUUUUGUAAAUAUUGUCAAUUGGUCCUCGUCAUUCAACCACAGCAUAUGAAGGUUUGUUUUUAAAUAGAAAAAAAAUGUGUGUGAUUCUUCCGGGAAACUAAUAAUUGGGAGUGGUCUUCGUGUGCAGUUUGUUACGAGUUGCUGCCUGCUCCCAUUUCGGCUGCAAUAGACAUAUCAGUAUAAGUAGGUUUCAAAACCUUAUGUUUCCAUGGUAACAUAUUUAAAACUUUGUGUUGAUAGCUUGACAGGAUGAUACCAGGACAAUGGGAAGGGACAUAAGUCCUAUUGUAACGAAGUCGCACGUAGCGAAGCCUCUGCUAUGAUAAAAUUGGUGUUGUGCAUGGUCAUUUAGCGCUACUGUGGUGUUGAAAGUGAAACUCGGUUAAAGCGAAGUACAUUUCGAUAUAACCCAGGUGAUUUUAAGGUCUUGAGGGAUAUGAAUAUAUUGGCACGCGCAUGUCUAGUUCAGUAUAUGAGAUACAGCCAUCUUGGGGGCGUUGUUAUUUACCAAGAAACAUAAGACUUUACCUGGAAUCGGAUACUAAAUGUAAGAUAUUAUAUUUAUUUAUGUAUAUAAAGAUGAAAUCUCUGUAAAUAUGACAUAUUUAUUUAUUUAUUUGUGUGCAUGUGCUUUAUGCAUGUUAUAUGUUAUAGGUUGUAUGUCUUUAAAAGCAACGGUAUGAUGCUUAACCAAACUCGAGCUGGCUCAAGAAGCGGAUCUGAUUGAGUCCUGAAAUUCAAUAGGUUGAUCGUUUAUUUAUUUUGUCGAGGUAAAAUGUUUGCAAAUGUAUCUAUUUUUAAAACAAUUUGAGAAAAUACAUAGACAAUUCUAUUAACAUGGGUUGGGGACGGGAGCGAGUCCUAGUGCAGUAGAACCGAAGCGCAUGUUAUGUUUCUUUGGAAAUGGUUUAAUUAUGAAUGAUAUGUGAGUGGUUCCUCAAUACCAACCGAUCAUCCAAAUUGCCUCGUUUGUAUGUUUUUACAGUUAUUGAAAAAUAUUUGUUCAUGUAUCUUAUCUAGGGCGAUCUUAAUUCUGUUUUAGAAAAGGUUCAAAUGGCAUAUUGAAACAUGUUUACUAUUUUGUUUUUCACAUGUGAACACGUUUUGGGCAAGUUUUAUCAUUUUGAGGUGGUGAAGCAACAUAUAUUCGAUUACUUAAAGGAAUUCCUUUUUAAUUUAUCGUUACACCAUCGUUCGAUUAUUGAAUUUAAUUCUCAGUGUUUCUUAUUACUGUGAACACUCCUGCACAAUGAAAACCAGCUUAAUUACCUUUGUCCAUUAAUGUAGAAAAGACUGCUCUGUGUGUAUAACUAAUUAUGUGUUUGACUGUUGGCAGGUCCGGGUUUACAUACGUUUGUGUUCUCAUAGGUUUGACGAUGCGAGGGACAGCUAUACGUUAUUUACAUAUAUGACCUCUGCAAAUCCACUUCCGUCCGUUAAUACAAAUCAAAUUUUAUUUAUUUAUUUACUUGAACUACAAAUCAAAUUUUAUUUAUUUACUAUUUAUUUUAUAUGGUUAACAUUUGCGCUAGUUCGUUAUACAACACUGUUAUGUUGUUUGACUUCAUUUUGAAAUGUGAGCUCCAGUGUGAAUGGAUUUUGCAUUCGUAACUGUAUACAGCGAGACCUCGUGAAUCUGGAACCCUCCAUUCCGGACGCUGACUGUUGUAACGUCUAAAUGUAGACUUUAUCCACGAUUCAUCCGAACGUGUGUCAAUCCGAACGAUUGGGAAACAUGCCCUGAUCAAAGGGGCUUUUCUGUGUAUUUUUAUAUACCAAUUCUUCUGUAAAUUACAUUGUAUAUCAUACUAUCGAAGCGGCUGAGAAUGUUAACUCACGCAACACUUGGUUUUCAGAUGAUAAUACCUCGACGUUUGAAUCUGUUAAAUCCGUUGUUGAAUCUUAAGACAUAUGAAUGUUCCUGUUUCAUUCCAAUGGUAUCAGCUUUCUGAAUUAGAUUUGUUUAUUUAUUGGUAUAUUUAGUUUAGCUAGUCUUAGACCCCCUGGGAAUUCCGGGUAAGAAUAGGUACUCAGCCACACAUGCUGUAAAGCGACUUAAUGGAUCGGCGGUCAGGCUUGGUGACUUCGUUGAUAGCGUGUCAUCGUGCCCCGACAGCGUGCUCAUAAUAUCAAUCACUGGAUUCGCUGUUCCAGACUCGAUAUUUAUGGGCCGCUGUAUUAUAGCUGCAAUAUUGUUGAGUGCGGCGUUAGAAAACAAACAACACACAAGCUAGAUUCAGAAAUGCUCUCUGUGCUUUGCAAGGAUAUUUUUUUAGUUCUAAUGAGGUGAAAUGCCGACAAGUGUCCGUUUUGCAAAAUGACGCCAUUUAUAUUUGGUCAAGGGCAUUUGGUAUUAAAUGAAUGGAUCAAGCUCUGUCAAUAGCUAUAACAAGAAGUAGUUACUCAGAAUUCAUACGAUUAAGAGUUGUUUCAUAAUUUGGGUCCUUUUUGAAUGCCAUCACCAGAAAAACUCAAAGCUGUGUGUACUUUAGUAUUGCUCAAGUGUCACCCACGUUAGCUGUAUAUAUCAGCAUUGUAAACCCCUUUAAAUAUUCUCUUCUCAAGAAAGAGUACCGUAAAUUAUAUUUGUACAUAUACAAUUUGCGUUUUAUUGUUUACAUGUGUUUCUCUCAAAUUGUUUACUUUGAUGUGUUUCAACUCAACCAAUCAGGUGCUUGUGUGAUUGUCGACAACAGAUAAACUUCUUAUGAACACAUGAUGAUUCUUGCCAAAAUAUGAUAGAAUUUGUUAUCUCCACUGCUUCAGACUCUGUGAUAUCAUGAAGGCCCCCCUUGGGGUCAUUUGAAUAAACUAUUGUUGUCGACA